AGUCUCCACCCCUAAAGUGGAUGUGAAAGAGAAGCAGUCUGUCAUACAGGAAGACGUUGGAUACAUGAGUAAAAAGACAGUCAGUCCAGACUAACGUAAAAGUUUGAUAGUAGCUUCUGCGCUUUACUCGUCAGUCCAGAAGUAAUUAUUUUAGAAGAUGACGCGUUUCUGUGCAUUGAUAAUAGAAAUUUGACGUGUCUAAAGCGCGAGAGUUUCAUGGAUUGAUACACUAACGUGUCAGUGGAGACAAUUUCCUCUAAUCAAGAAGAACCGCAUGUCGCUCUGACUGGGAAAUUGACUUCCAGAUUGAAGUAAACCGAAAAAUGUCUGACAACAGGUCCAGUUUUCUCCACAUUGGAGACAUAGUGUCUCUUUACGCGGAAGGCUCUGUCAGCGGGUUCAUCAGCACUUUGGGGCUGGUGGAUGACCGCUGUGUGGUUCACCCAGACGCCGGGGACCUGACCAACCCUCCCAAGAAGUUUCGAGACUGCCUGUUCAAGGUAUGUCCCAUGAACCGGUACUCGGCUCAGAAGCAGUUUUGGAAGGCCAAGCAGGGGAAACAGGGGCACAACAAUACAGAUGGGGACCUGUUCAAGAAGUUACAGCAUGCAGCAGAGUUGGAACAAAAGCAAAAUGAGACGGAGAACAAGAAGCUCCUGGGCGAGGUGGUGAAAUACAGCAAGGUGGUCCAGCUGCUCCACAUCAAGAGUAACAAGUACCUGACUGUGAACAAACGUCUGCCCGCUCUGCUGGAGAAGAACGCCAUGCGGGUGUCCCUGGACUCAGCUGGAAAUGAAGGCUCCUGGUUCUACAUCCAGCCCUUCUGGAAGCUACGGAGCGAGGGGGACAAUGUGGUGGUGGGGGACAAGGUGGUCCUGAUGCCUGUGAACGCAGGGCAGCCUCUCCAUGCCAGCAACAUUGAGCUGCUAGACAACCCUGGUUGUAAAGAGGUGAACGCCGUAAACUGCAAUACCAGCUGGAAGGUUACCUUGUUCAUGAAGUUCAGUGACUACAAGGAGACUGUCCUCAAAGGGGGUGACGUAGUGCGGCUGUUCCAUGCGGAGCAGGAAAAAUUUCUGACAUGUGACGAGCACAGGGGCCAACAGCACAUCUUCCUGAGAACCACCCUCAGGCAGUCGGCCACGUCCGCCACCAGCUCCAAAGCACUCUGGGAAAUAGAGGUGGUGCACUAUGACCCCUGCAGAGGAGGGGCAGGCCAGUGGAACAGCCUCUUCCGCUUCAAACACCUGGCCACUGGAAACUACCUCGCGGCCCAGGUGAAUCCUGAUUUCCGGGACGACAGCAUCGACUCUAAAGGAGAUACUGAGACAAAUAUGGUGUUCUCCAAGAGAAAGCGUCAGGCGGCAGAGAAGAUUGCCUACACCCUGGUGUCUGUUCCCCAUGGCAACGACAUCGCCUCCCUGUUUGAGCUGGACGCCACCACACUGCAGAGGGCUGAUUGUCUGGUGCCUAGGAACUCGUACGUGAGGCUGAGACACCUGUGCACCAACACCUGGGUCACCAGCACCAACGUCCCCAUCGACCUUGAGGAGGAGCGGCCCGUCAUGCUCAAGAUCGGCACCUGCCCCACUAAGGAAGACAAGGAGGCCUUCGCCAUCAGGUCUGUCCCCCUGUCCGAGGUCCGGGACCUGGACUUUGCCAACGACGCCAACAAGGUCCUGGAGUCCACCGUCAAAAAGCUGCGCCAUGGCAACAUCGCCCAGAAUGAGAGGAGGUUCGUGACCAAGCUCCUGGAGGACAUGAUCUUCUUUGUGUGCGAGGUGCCCAACAACGGCCAGGACGUACUCUCCGUGGUCAUCUCCAACCCCAACAGGGAGAGGCAGAAGCUGAUGAGGGAGCAGAACAUUCUAGCGCAGAUCUUCGGCAUCCUGAAGGCUCCGUUCACAGAUCAGGGUGAUGGUCCCAUGUUGAAGCUGGAGGAUCUGGGAGACCAGCGCUACGCCCCCUUCAAGUACCUGCUGUCCCUCUGCUACCGGCUGCUGAGACACUCUCAACAGGACUACCGCAAGAACCAGGAGUACAUAGCCAAGAAGUUCUCCAUCAUGCAGUCCCAGAUAGGCUACGAGAUCCUGGCAGAGGACACCAUCACGGCUCUGCUCCACAACAACCGCAAGCUGCUCGAGAAGCACAUCACCGCCAAGGAGAUUGAGACCUUCGUCAACUUGCUGCGACGCAACAGGGAGCCCAGGUUCCUGGACUACCUGUCAGACCUGUGUGUGUCGAACAAAAUGGCCAUCCCAGUCACCCAGGAGCUCAUUUGUAAGUUCAUGCUGAACCCCAUCAACGCUGACAUCCUGAUCCAGACCAAGCUGAUCCCUAACACGGAGCCCAGUCUGGACUCGUCCCUGAUGCAGGAGGAGGGCGAGGACGAGGAGGUGUGGCUCUACUGGAUAGACAGCCACAAGGAGCCGCAUGGCAAGUCCAUCCGUCACCUGGCCCAGGACGCCAAAGGCAACCACAAGAUGGACAUGGACAUUAUCACCUACUACAGGUACCAGUUGAACCUCUUUGCCAAGAUGUGUCUGGACCGCCAGUACCUGGCCAUCAACCAGGUGUCCGUGCAGCUGCCCGUGGACCUGAUCCUGCGCUGCAUGUUUGACGACUGCCUGCCCUACGACCUCCGCGCCUCCUUCUGCCGCCUCAUGCUGCACAUGCACGUGGACCGCGACCCCCAGGAGGCCGUGGUGCCGGUCCGCUACGCACGCCUCUGGACCGAGAUCCCGUCUAAGAUCACCAUCCACGAGUACGCGUACGAGUGCACGGACACCUCCAGGGAGGAGAUGAAGAGGAAGUUUGCCCCCACCAUGGAGUUUGUGGAGGAGUACCUCAAAGACGUGGUGGGCCAGCCUUUCCCUUUCGGAGACAAGGAGAAGAAUGAGCUGACCCUCGAGGUGGUCCACCUGGCUCGUGACCUGGUCUAUUUUGGCUUCUACAGCUUCAGCGAGCUUCUUCGGCUCACGCGCACCCUGCUGGCUAUUCUGGACAUCGUCCAGCACCCCCUCACAUUCAUGGCCAAGCUCAACAAGGGCCCAGAGGCCGGCAACAACGUGCUGCGCACCAUCCACGGCGUGGGGGAGAUGAUGACUCAGAUGGUUCUGAGCCGCGGCCACGUCCUCGCCCCCAGCCUCCCAGACACCCCCCCCUCCCUCCGAAGUGGGUCGCCUCAACGCCUCAACGCCAACAACGAGGACGUCAUGGUGAUGGAUACCAAGCUCAAAAUCAUUGAGGUUCUACAGUUCAUCCUGAGUGUGCGUCUAGACUACAGGAUCACCUACCUGUUGUCCAUCUAUAAGAAGGAGUUUGGAGACAGGAGUGUGAUGGACAGCUCUCUCUCUGUGGCCGACUUCCCCACCAUGUCAGUUCCGGAGCCCGACAUAGAUGAGAUCGCAGCUAAGGCAGAGGCCAUGUUUGCCGGCAGUUCCGGUACUGAGCCCAGUGCUGUGGAGCUGGAUGAUGAGGGAGGCCGGACGUUUCUCCGGGUCCUGAUCCACCUGAUCAUGCAGGACUACCCCCCGCUGGUGUCCGGCUCCCUGCAGAUCAUCUUCAAACACUUUAGCCAGCGGGAUGAGGUCUUGCAGGCCUUCAAACAGGUCCAGUUGCUGGUGUCGGAGGAGGAUGUGAAAAACUACAAGCAGAUCAAGGCUGACCUGGACCAGCUGCGUCUGACGGUGGAGAAGUCGGAGUUGUGGGUGGAGAAGAGCGGAGGCUACGGCGCCGAGGACCUGGGAGAGGGCCAGAGCAAGGAGCAGAACAUGGAGGAGGUGGGGAUCCUCAGCCCAGAGCAGGAUGGGAACGUGAAGCCUCAAAUAGACAGCAACAAAGACAACAACUACACCAUCGUCAAAGACAUCCUGCUCCGCCUCAGUAAGCUGUGCUACCACAGUAAGAAGAGCCGUGUGCAGCAGCAGAGGCUGCUGAAGAACAUGGGAGCCCACACCGUGGUCCUGGACCUGCUGCAGAUCCCCUACGAGAAGAGUGAUGAGAAGAUGAAUGAGGUCAUGACCCUGGCCCACGUGUUCCUCCAGAACUUCUCCAAAGGGAACUCCCAGAACCAGGCUCUGCUGCACAAACAGCUCAACCUGUUCCUCACUCCAGGGCUGUUGGAAGCAGAAACCAUGCGUCACAUCUUCAUGAACAACUACUACCUCUGCAAUGAGAUCAGUGAGCGGGUGGUCCACCACUUCGUCCACUGCAUCGAGACCCACGGGCGGCACGUCCAGUACCUGCGCUUCCUGCAGACCAUAGUCAAGGCGGACGGGAAGUACGUGAAGAAGUGUCAGGACAAGGUCAUGACGGAGCUGGUGAACGGCGGCGAGGACGUCCUGGUGUUCUACAACGACCGCUCGUCCUUCCCGGCGCUGCUCCAGAUGAUGUGCUGUGAGCGGGAGCGUGCGGACGAGGGCGGGGCCCUGGCCUACCACAACCAGCUGGUGGAGCUACUGGCCGCCUGCACCGAGGGCAAGAACGUCUACACCGAGCUCAAGUGCAACUCCCUGCUGCCCCUCGACGACAUCGUCAAGGUGGUCACUCACGACAACUGCAUUCCAGAGGUAAAGACGUCCUACGUGAACUUUGUGAACCACUGCUACGUGGACACGGAGGUGGAGAUGAAGGAGAUCUACACCAGCAAGCACAUCUGGAAGCUGUUUGAGAACUUCCUGGUUGACAUGGCCCGGGUGUGCAACACCACUACGGACCGUAAUCAUGCCGACAAAGCCCUGGAAAAGUAUGUGACGGAGACGGUGAUGGCCAUCGUCAAGGGCUUCUUCAGCUCACAGUUCUCCGUCAACAACUCCAACCUGCAGACCCACCAGCCCAUCUUCAUCCAGCUGCUGCAGUCAUCUUUCAGGCUCUAUAACUGCUCCUGGAUCGAGUCCUCCCCCAAGAGCAACAUUGAGACUUGCAUCAAAACCCUGGCGGACGUGGCCAAGGCCAGGGCCAUCGCCAUCCCCGUGGACCUGGACAGCCAAGUGAACACGCUGUCCCUGAAGGCUCACACCAACAUGGUGCAGCGGGCUGCCAAGGACUGGAGGAUCUCCGCUCGCACGCGCCAACGCAAGGAGCCACUGGGGGUGCCUGACUACAAGAGCAUCAUCGAGAAGCUGCAGGUGAUCACACACACACACACGUACCGGUCCACGGGGGAGCUCCCCAGAGAGGGCGAGCCUUCCAUAUCUCAGUCUCACUACACCAAGCCCUCAGAGGGCUGGAGAGGGCUUCUCUCAUUCUCAGACCAGAGGAAAAGCAAGGCCAGCUGCUUCCAGAAGAACACUGAUGAGGAGGCGUGUGUUGGUGUGAAGCUUGAACACGCUGAAGCCCUGAGCACCAGUCCCUCUGCCCCCAGCCCCCCCACGGAGAGGGCCAGCCGGUCAGGCAGGAGCAGUGGGAGGAGCAGGGAAAGGGUCAAUGGAACAGGCUUGGCCUACAGGCCCACACUCCAGAUACACAAACCACAAGGUAGCAGUCUGUUCUGCCCCCUUGUGUUCGCAUGUGGACAUUACAACUCCAACAACCUCUGCUGCACAGUUCUGGAGAGGGGCUGCGUUCAAGGCUCCAGUCAGUUCAAGCUCGACAAAUGCCUCCCAAGCCAGCCCACCUUCAGAGCCCGGUGA